CGUCCCGGCAGGUGCCUCUGCACACCCCACACCUCCCCGCUCCGCUGGGCCCUGCGCUGAGCCAGACCAGCUGCACCGCCGUGUCCUGACCGAAGGCUCCUGGGAUGUCACGCCGCCGGCGUCAACCCGAGCCUGGCGACCUGAUCAAGAUCAAACGAUCAGUUUACCAGCACUGGGCCCUCUACUUGGGGGAUGGAUAUGUCGUCCACGUGACGUCCGCAGAUGAAGGGAUCCGAUGCCUGUCAGCCAGUAGUGACACAACAUUGAGCAAAAAGGCCAAGGUGAAGAAGCAGCUCCUGAAGGAGGUGGUGGGAACUGAUGACUGGGAGGUCAACAACAAGUAUGACCGCUCCCGCACCCCCCUCCCAGUGAAGGAGAUCAUCAAGCGUGCUGAGAGCUGCAUUGGCAUGGAGGUGACCUAUAAUCUGUUCUGCGAAAACUGUGAGCACUUUGUGACAAUGCUCCGCUAUGGCGAGAGUGUCUCUGACCAGGAAAACAUAUUCUCCUAAAACUGAAACUGAAAGUCCUUUCUUGAUUCCUGGAAAUGUGAUCAAAACUGCUUUCCUGGCUAAACUAUUUCGGUGGUUUGACAGCAAUCCCUGAGCUUUAAGCUUUCUGUAUUCAGAGCAUUGUCUGCAACACCUCGCAAGGGAGCACUGUGUGAGAGCAGCACAUGCACCUCUCCCAUGUCUAAUUCAGCCUGGAAAGGGCAAGAAUACUGCCAUUACUUCAGCUGGUGAAUUUUCUUGUACUUCUUGGAAGCUGUAGCAUUUCACUAAAUGCAGGGGUUUGGAUCUGUACCGUGUUUAUCUGUGCAGUCAGGCUCAGGCUGAUUAUUAUUUGGUUGCCUUUCCAUCAAGCCUGGUGGGUGCAUUGACAGGAUUUGGUUGAACACUGCCUGAACCACGAAGAGAGUGUGUGAGGAGGAGCAGCAGAAUCCAUCACUUGCCAUAGAGUUGGUUUUGCUCAAGAUGACCUCAGAGCUGGAAAAUCCUAAGAAUAUUCAGUGUGGGAAUAUUCACGCACUGUGCUUGCUUUGAGCUGUUUUCUGUUUGCUUUGAGAAGUGGAGUUUCUUCAGGAGAUGACAAUGUUGCAAAAUAGACUUAAAACCCGUCCUUCAGAGGCCUGGGCUUCCUGGUGUGGGGGGAAGAGGGAUAAGAGGCUCAGAGAUUGUAAGAGAACUUUUACAAAGCAAGCUGCUGCAUGUUUAUUUUUAUAGUAUUAUAUUAUUAUGCUUUAUGUAAUUGACUGGCU